AUGAAUUAACUGUCGUUACCAGAAUUAUCAUCAUUGAUCUGUUGUAUGAUCGGAUGAAGUUGCUCAGAAAAUCUUUUAACACACAAGUUGGCUCUAAAAAUGACCGAGAGCCUGAAAGUGUGGCAGUCACGAUCAUGAAUAUUAGAAAACAUGUACGCUUAUAUUACAAGAUUCUGGAUAACUUACAGGAAGCUGAAUUCCAGUUUCAAAUUUGGCUGCUAACUACGAUCACAUUCAGCUUUUUGAAGAUUUUGGGAUGUGCUUACGGGAUAAUGAAUAAACAUCCCCAGAUCGACAUGUCACAAGCAUCGAUUUAUUCAGUGGAUCUUGCGCUAGAUUCAUUUUUAGCCAUGGUGCCAUCUAUGUUUAUGGAGCUUGCAGCGAAUGAAGCGGACAAGAUGAAAAAUUGCCUCACAAUCAAAAUAUCUCGAUGCAAAAACCAGUUAUUGCGUGAGGAGAUGCAGCAUGCUCUGAACGCGUUCAACUUCCGCCCGGUGGAGAUGUGGCUGUGCCGCUGUGUACCCGUCAACGCAACCCUGCCUAUCUCCUACGUCUGUGCUACGCUAACUUAUAUAGUCACCAUGAUGCAGUUCCUUCAAUUCAAAUUUACCGCUACCGAUGGCGAUUAGGGUACUUCUAUACACUUUUACAGUAUACCUACAGGAUGUUAGUGACACCGUAACGAGAACUUUGAGGGAUGAUUCAGACCAUGAUUCUGAGUUGAUAGUGAAAUUUUCCGUCGCAAAAGUAAGGAACGGAAAAUUUUAAAUACCACAAUAUUUUUGAUAAAUUUUCCGACAGAAAAUUGAAUUAUCCCCCUCAUCCCCCUCAAUAUUCGGUACGGUGUCACUAACACCCCGUAUAGCUGGAUCACUUUUUCGCUUGCAUACCCGGCCAAUUAGUCAAUGUCAUUUGCGGCAA